CAUUUUGAAGCAAUAUGUUGGGAGAACUCAUCACCAGCGGUUUAGUGUAUGUGAUUUCUUUGAAGCUAUGGCAAUGAUGUUCAUGCUGGUGAGUGGUGACAAACAAAUUGAAGAACAUCCCGGUGAAGUAUCAAUAUGUUGCAUUUCAACCUUGCAAAGCAUUUGUCAUUUCUACGGAAGCUAGCUCUCAGCGAAUCUGUUAACCUGAUGCGAACACCAGAUUUCACGAGGAUGUCAAAUUUGGAGUAUUUGUAUCUGGCAGGAUGUGUGAGUCUUGAAGAGGUUGACAAUUCCCUGGGGUAUUGCGGUAAACUCAUUCGGUUAGAUUUGGGUUGGUGCUCAAGCCUUAAGAGGUUUCCAUGUGUUAAGUUGGAAUCUCUUGAAUAUCUGGAUCUAACGGGUUGA